AUGAUUUAUUCCGGCUCCAUCGGACAGAUUGUAUGUCGCGAUUUGUCAGUUCCAACUAGUUUUCCAUCCGUUGGAAAAUCCACGUUGUUAUCUAAUCUUGCCGGUGUUUAUUCUGAAGUUGCUGCUUACGAAUUCACAACUUUAACGACAGUGCCUGGUGUCAUUCGAUAUAAGGGAGCUAAGAUCCAACUGCUCGAUUUGCCUGGUAUUAUCGAAGGAGCCAAGGAUGGUAAAGGUCGUGGUAAACAGGUUAUCGCAGUCGCUCGAACAUGCUCCUUGAUCCUUAUGGUAUUGGACGUUAUGAAGCCGUUACAACAUAAGAAACUAUUGGAAUACGAGUUGGAAGGCUUCGGAAUCCGUCUCAACAAACAACCACCAAAUAUUGGUUUUCGCAAAAAGGAGAAGGGUGGCAUUAAUCUAACAACUCUGGUUCCUCAGACUGAGCUGGAUUUAGACUUAGUCAAAAGUAUUCUCGCUGAAUACAGGAUUCAUAAUGCUGACAUCACUCUGAGAUAUGAUGCUACUUCUGAAGAUUUGAUUGAUGCCAUUGAAGGAAAUCGUGUGUACAUUCCUUGUUUGUAUGUACUCAACAAGAUCGAUCAAAUCUCUGUCGAAGAGCUAGAUAUCAUUUACAGAAUUCCUCAUUGUGUACCCAUCUCAGCUCAUCAUAAAUGGAAUUUCGACGACUUGCUUGAGAAGAUCUGGCUGUAUUUGAACCUUAUCCGGAUCUACACUAAACCCAAGGGCCAGCUACCAGAUUAUUCUACCCCCAUUGUUUUGAAUGCUGAUAAAAACAAUGUAGAUGAUCUCUGCAUGAAGAUUCACAAGUCGCUUCAGAAAGAUUUCAAGAACGCUCUUGUCUGGGGGUCAUCGGCCAAGCAUAAUCCUCAAAGAGUCGGAAAGGAUCACGUACUUAAUGAUGAGGAUGUCGUCCAAGUUAUCAAGAAGGUCUAA